AUGUCUUCUACUCACCAGCCUGCGGGAUCUCUUAUCGAUCUCGCCAUAGUCAACCAUACAAAAGUGACAACUGAGCAUGAUGAAUCGGUAUUGAAAGCCGAAGAUCAUGCCAUUGCGGUUAUGCCUGACAGUCUCCGUGGUUUGACUACCGAGGAAAGGAAUCAAAUUGAGAGACGAGUCGUUAGGAAGAUCGAUUGCGUCGUACUCCCUAUUAUUAUGGUCCUUUACAUCCUUAACUAUAUUGACCGACAGAAUUUGUCGUCGGCAAAAUUGCAGAAUAUCAUGGGAGAUUUGAACAUGAAUGCCGACCAGUUUUCAACGGCUAUAUCUAUCCUAUAUGUGGGAUACAUCCCUUUCCAGAUUCCGUCAAACAUGAUCAUGACCAAGAUCACUCGACCUGGGCUAUAUAUCUGUGUCGCCGUCGUUAUCUGGGGCAUUAUAUCCUCCUGUACAGGAGCCGCCCAGUCCUAUGGUGGUCUACUUGGUGUUCGCAUUGUUCUUGGAGUCAUCGAAGCUGUUUUCUUUCCUGGUGUGAUUUAUUACUUGUCUGCAUGGUACACUAAGCAGGAGCUUGGGAAACGACUCGCGGCCCUGUACAUUGGUCAACAGUUGGGAAGUGCGUUCGGUGGACUCAUUGCAGCAGGAGUCCUAAAGCUGAAUGGUGUACAUGGUAUCCAAGGAUGGCGCUACUUGUUCAUUGUUGAGGGCGUAGCAACGGUUGGUAUUGGGCUAAUAUCUUGUUUCUUCAUGCCCGAAUAUCCGCAUAAUGCCCGUCUACUCAAACCAAUCGAACGUGACCUUGCUGUUUGGCGUAUUGAGCAAGAGAGUGGCGUGGGAGAAGCCCAUGAAGAGGUCAGCACUUUACAUGGUUUCUUCCUCGCUCUCACUGAUAUCAAGAUUUGGGUACUGGUAUUCUGUGUGAUCCUAUCCCAAGCCUUGAACUCGGCCCUCAACUUUCUUCCUACAAUCGUGGACACACUGGGAUAUGAUGAAACUAUGACUCUUGUCUUGACUGCCCCGCCCUACCUGUUUGCCUGUUUCUACUUCUACUUCCUCAGCUGGUGGAGCGACCGCACCGGGGCUCUAUAUUGGCCUAUAAUCCUGUCACUGACACUCGGAGUUGUUGGGUUUGUGGUUUCUUUAGCGACUACCAACCUCGGCGCUCGAUACUUCGCCAUCAUGCUGUUCCCCAGCGCAACCAUCGGACCACAAAUCCCUAUCUACAAGACCCUCAACCUCCACAUGGCUAGGCCAUAUCCUAAGCGAGCUGCAGGCGUUGCUCUUCUCAAUGCUAUCGGUGGAACAUCAAACGUUUGGGGUAGCUAUCUCUGGACAGAAGGGCCCAGGUUCUAUCCCGGGUUUGGGAUGUGCAUCGGUGUCGUCGUGGCCUUUAUGUUCACCAUAACGGUAUAUAAGUGGUCUAUUUUAAACGAGAACAAGAAGCUCUACGGCGAUGAAUCCCAAGUAAGGAGGGCAAUGAAGGGAGGUGUCACUCAGGAACAGGUGGAUAUGGGAUGGAGAUACGAAGGCUACUGA